AGCCGGGGUGUCGCGAACACUGGCCGCCCAGUGAAGAUGGCGGCGGAGCUGCAUCCGCGGAGCGGAAAGCUGAUCGGCCUGUCUAACUCGAACCGAACCGCCCGGCGCAACCAGCCCGUGCAGGAGUUCAACCACGGCCUGGUGCUGAGCAAGGAGCCGCUGAGGGACCGGGAUGUCUUCACUGUCCGCAUUGACAAGAAGGUGAACUCGUGGAGCGGCUCCAUCGAAAUCGGUGUGACGGCGCUGGACCCCGCCGCUCUGGACUUCCCCAGCAGCGCCACCGGCCUGAAGGGCGGCUCCUGGAUCGUGUCGGGCUGCUCGGUGCUCCGCGACGGCCGCUCCGUCCUGGAGGAGUACGGCCGCGACCUGGACCAGCUGGCCGAGGGCGACCGGGUGGGCAUCCAGCGCAGCUCCCACGGCGAGCUCCACCUCUGGGUCAACGGGCAGGACUGCGGCGCCGCCGCCAGCGGCCUGCCCCCCAAGCUCUGGGCCGUGGUGGACCUGUACGGCAAGUGCACGCAAGUGACGGUGGUGAGCUGCGAGCCGCCGCCCCCCUCGGCGGAGAGGGAGAGAGAGACAAUAGAGCAGGACGAGGAGGAAGAUGAGGAGGACGAGGACGAGGAGGAGGAGGUGGUCGUGUGCGGGAGUCGGGAGGACGCGGGCAUCGCGGCGCUGAUGAAUGUGGCGGCGAUGAAUGGGAUGAUGAACGGAGACGAAGUGCCUGAGCUGAGCUGCAGCCACAGCAGACCCGACAAGUUUCCAAACAACCUGGAGCCGGACGCCGUUCUGACGGAGCACCAGCUCUUCGACGUCUUCAACAACGCAAUAGUCUCCUUUUACCGGUCCGAAGACGAAGGCGGAGGAGAAGACGGCGGCGGCGGUGGAGGAGGAGGAGUGGACGGAGGAGGAAAUUCAGGAACUGACUCUUCUUCCCGGAGCGACAGAGGGAGCAGCAGUGGGGGGGGCACAGCGAACGGUGACAGCGGAUCGGGGACGGCAGGAAGCGGCGGCGGCGGUGGAGGAGGAGGAGAAGGCAGGAACACAAACAACAGCCCCGCCGGUAACGGAGGGGCGGCGCCCGGGGGGCUAGCGGGCGGGAUGACCACCAACGACGCGCUGCUGUUCCACGAGAAGUGUGGCACGCUGAUCAAACUGAGCAACAACAACAAGACGGCGGAGCGGCGGCGGCCGCUGGACGAGUUCAACAACGGCGUGGUGAUGACCAACCGGCCGCUCCGACACAACGAGAUGUUCGAGAUUCGGAUUGAUAAGUUGGUAGACAAGUGGUCGGGCUCAAUAGAGAUCGGCGUGACCACACACAACCCCAACAACCUGGACUAUCCUGCAACUAUGACCAAUCUGCGCUCAGGUACAAUCAUGAUGAGUGGCUGUGGGAUUUUAACCAACGGCAAAGGAACCCGCAGGGAGUACUGUGAAUUCAGCCUGGAUGAACUUCAGGAGGGCGAUCACAUCGGCCUGAUGCGAAAAGCCAGUGGAGCGCUCCAUUUCUACAUCAAUGGCAUCGAUCAGGGUGUUGCAGCAGCUCAGACCCCGGGAGUGGUCUACGGCGUGGUCGACCUCUACGGCAUGGCCGUCAAGGUCACCAUCGUCCACAACCACAACCACAGCGACCGCCUCAGACGCAACAACGCCAUCAUGAGGGCGCUGUCGCCCGACGUGGGCAGACCGCGGCCCGCGCUCUCCCUCACGCCGGACACGGACGGGCCCGACCGCCUGCUCUUUCACCCCAACUGUGGGCAGAAAGCCGCCAUCAUCAGCGAGGGCAGGACGGCGCUGCGGCCACACGCGACCGACGACUUCAACCACGGCGUGGUCCUGAGCAGCCGGCCGCUCCGCUCCAACGAGGUGUUCCAGGUCCGCAUCGACAAGAUGGUGGACAAGUGGGCGGGAUCCAUUGAAAUCGGGGUCACGACGCACAACCCCGCCUACCUGCAGCUGCCCUCCACCAUGACCAACCUGCGCUCAGGGACGUGGAUGAUGACGGGAAACGGCGUGAUGCACAACGGAACUACGAUCCUCGACGAGUACGGACACAAUCUGGACCGACUGAAAGCGGGCGACACGGUGGGCGUGGUGCGGAAAGAGGACGGCAGCCUCCAUUUCUUUGUAAACGGUGUAGCACAGGGCCCGGCCGCCUGGAACGUCCCCCCCAGCGUCUACGCCGUGGUGGACCUGUACGGCCAGGCGGCGCAGGCCACCAUCAUGGACGACAUGGAGGACAGCUCCGAGGGCCCCACGGCCAUGUCUCCCGGGAGCCCCUGCUCCGUGGUGGGCGCCGCCACCACCAGCGACCUGCGGUUCCACCAGCUGCACGGCACCAACGCCGUCAUCACCAACGGCGGGCGCACCGCCCUGCGCCAGAACUGCCGUAGCGAGUUCAACGACGCCAUCGUCAUUUCCAACAGGUGCCUUCGGGACGGAGAGCUCUUUGAAAUCGUCAUCCAGAAGAUGGUGGACCGCUGGUCAGGUUCAAUAGAAGCAGGAGUGACCGCCAUCAGGCCAGAGGAGCUCGAGUUUCCAAACACCAUGACCGAUAUUGACUACGACACCUGGAUGCUGAGCGGGACGGCCAUCAUGCAGGACGGAAACACCAUGCGCAACAACUACGGCUGCGACCUGGACUCCCUGACCACCGGAUCACGGAUCGGCAUGAUGCGCUCGGCCACCGGCGACCUCCACUACUACAUCAACGGCGUGGAUCAAGGCGUGGCGUGCUCCGGCCUCCCGCCAGAGGUGUUCGCCGUCAUCGACCUGUACGGCCAGUGCGUCCAGGUGUCCAUCACCAGCUCGUCCGGCCCGCUGGACAACAGCCUCUGCACCAGCAACGUCACCGAGAAGAGCUUCCCCAUCCACUCCCCAGUCGCAGGCGUCGCUCACCGGCUCCAUUGUAAACACGGUAAGAACGUGGUGCUGCUCGGCGAGGGCUGCCAGGCGGUGCGGGUCGGCGGAUACGCUCACGGCAUCGUGUUCAGCGGGAAGGAGCUCAUAGCGGACGAGCUGUUCGAGGUGAGGAUUGAUGAGAUCGACGAGCAGUGGUGCGGCUCGCUGCACAUCGGUCUGACCACGCUGGCGCCUCCCGAGCUCCCGUCCUGCCCGCUGUCGGGCCUCUCCCCCUCCCUCCCGCAGCUGCGCACCAAGGUCACUUGGCUGCUCUGCGGUUCGGAGGUCCGUCGCAACGGCGUGCUGCAGCGCCAGAACUACGGCUGCUCGCUGGACCGGCUGACGGUGGGGAACCGUGUGGGCGUGAAGAGGUGUAAUGACGACACCAUGCACAUCUUCAUCGACGGAGAAGACAUGGGGCCGGCCGCUACGGCUGUGGCCAAGAAUGUCUACGCAGUUCUGGACCUGUACGGGCGGAUCACGGCCGUGUCCAUCGUCAGCUCCUCGCUGAUGGAGGACACGGAGAGCGUGAAGGCGCCGUCGCUCUCCUCCGACAGCUGCAGCGAGGGGGAGGAGGACAGCACCCCCGUCAGAGAGGUCGAGAGCGAGCCGUGCGCGCUGGCGCCCACAGUCAUGGCCUUCCUGGAAAACCACGGCAAGAACAUCCAGCUGUCCAACCAGAACCUGACGGCCGCCAGAGUGUCCAGCUACAACCAGGGCCUGCUGGUCACCGCGCACCGGUUAGCUCGCCAGCAGCUGUUCCAGUUUCAGAUCGACCGCCUGAACCCGUCGUGGACGUCGUCGCUGUCGCUGGGGGUGAUAGGCCACUCCCCCUACAGGCUCAACUUCCCCUCCACGGCGUGCUGCCUGAAGCGCUCCGCCUGGCUGCUGCAGCGCGACUCCGUCUUCCACAACUCCCUGAAGAUCUGUGAGAACUACGGGCCGAACCUGGACACGUGUCCCGAGGGGACGGUGUUGGGUCUGCUGGUGGACGCCAACAGCUGCCUCCACCUCUUCGUCAACGGCAUGGAUCAGGGCGUGGCGGCGCAGGACAUCCCGUCGCCCUGCUACCCCUUCAUCGACCUCUACGGCCAGUGUGAACAGGUUACCAUAGUAACCAACAAUGUGCCUGCCGUUGGCGGAGAGAGCGGCGAGACCCGCUGUCAGGGCGACAUGGAGAAGGCCGACAUGGUUGACGGAAUCAAAGAGAGCGUGUGCUGGACGCCGCCGCCAGAGGUCAACCCCAACAAGACGUGCGAGUACCAGGCGCUGUGCUCGCGCUUCAAGGACCUGCUGACGCUACCAGACGGUUACUUCAACGAAGACGCCAAGUACAACCUGUGCUACUGCGAGUCCUGCCACAAGCUGCGCGGCGACGAGGCGUACUACAAGAGGGGGGAACCGCCGCGGGACUACGCCCUGCCAUUCGGCUGGUGCCGCUUCGCCCUCAAGAUCAAAUCUCACUGUGAGGUCUCCAACGCACUGAAGAAGUGGCACAUCGCAUAUCACGGCACCAGCGUGGGAGCGCUGCGGCGCACGCUGGACCACAGCCAGCUGCUGCCUGGGACGUCGUCCAUCUUCUCGGUGUCUCCGGUGAAGGCGGAGGGGCCGAACGGCUACAGCGAGCCGGAGGAGAACAGCGCCCCCGGCAGGGAGGUCCCCAGAGUGCGGCUCUCCCCCACCAUGCGCUACUCCGGCUCGGAAAUCUUCGCUCCUAAAGUGCAAUUUCGGGACCCGCGCUCCCACCGGUGUCACCAGGCCCAGGUGGGCUUCCAGGUGUGCGUGCGGCCCGGCUCCUACAAGGUGGGGCCCCAGACUCUGGGCCACAGCGAGCCGCUGGACCCCCGCUUCAGCAACUCGGAGAUCGAGUGGAUCACCAAGGAGCAGGGCGGGACGCUGCUCUACGGCCUGCUGGUUCGAGUCGAGUGAACGCGUGGACGACAGGAGGCACUCGGGGAGAAGUAGCGGGGAGGGGCCGCACCACGGCCCCGCCCCCUCGUACUUUCAAUAAACUGACAACCAAAUCCGACCCCUGCCUUGAGCGAGAGACUCCUCUGGAAUCCAGCCGUUCAGAUCCUGGAUCGUCCAUUCGGCGCUUUUGCGGUUUAGUUUCCGUUAGGUUCUCGGUUCUCCGCUCCGAGACUCUUUUUACCGGCCGGGGCGUCCGGCGGUCUCAAAGAACGGACUCACUGCCUGCACUUUAUGUUCUGGACACUCGUGGGCGAUUUUUAAAAACUUCUCAUCAGCACUGAAGACUUUUGCGUUUGUCGUUUUCAUUCUGCCCAUCUUGUUGUUUUCAGCCUCUUUUAUUUUAUUUUGGUUUUUUUGGCACUUACAUGAACGCUUCCUGCUCCAGUCAGUGUUUCGUUUUUGCCGGUCUGCACGUCAACGACUAAAAAAAUCAAAGUGGGUCAGACAACAAAAAGAAGAAGAGGAGUGACAAUGUUUUCAAAAAAACCCCUACAACAAAAAAACACUUGAAUCCUGGAACGACACCAGAUGUUUCAUGAUUGUGACUGUAAAACUGGAGGGAAAAAAAUGUUUACACGUGUUUUGCUGUUUUCCACGUUCGCUGUCUUGCUUUUUGUUUUAUUUUUUUUUUCUCGCCCGGUAACAUUUCCGAAUCUUACAGUCGAAUGAAUGGAAGCUGGCUUUAAAACUCUGGGGGAAACUGAAAUGUUUGGAUUUAGAAAGAAAGAGGAAAAAAAAACAGGACUUUGCACCUUUUAGGAUUUUAAAAUAGUGCCACAGAAUCAGAUUUUAAAUCCAUCUACAGUCCAGCCUGGUAAUAAUAAAUGGCUGAAGCUUCUCACAACAUGAAGCUGCAGCUUCGGAUGAUUCCCACAGAAAGAAAACAAAAAACAAAAGAUCUAAACAGGUCAAUACCUUUUUGCCUUAUUUAUUUUAAGUGUUUUAAGUUGUAUUUUCUUUAACAGAAGAAACUGAAUCAGGUGAUUUCUGUGGGAAUCAUUUGAAAAUGUUAUAGUUUUCCUUUGGAAAUGCCGCACUGCCGACCACUCUGCCUCUGACAGCAGCGUUCAACUAAAAAAGGUUAAACUGAACCUGAAUGUAGUAGAAUUCAACAGUUUUAUAGCUGUUUAACCGCUCAGAAUAUAACGUGGCUCAUAACACUUUCAGUCGCCAUUUUUUUUUUUUUUCGUAGGACAGUUUUUGUGAACACCUGAUUGGCCGAUCGGAGGCGGAGUUGGGUGGCCGCGGCAUUGCCUGAGCAGAACUGUCCUUGAAGCAGUGAGUUUUUUUCCUGCGCCCCCAGCUGGUGGAAAUUGGCAUUACAAAUCAACCCAAUUGUUUGAAGUUUUAGGUUAAAAAAUAAGACUUUUUUUCCCCCGGAACUGUUAUAAUAAAGUUCAGACGGCGCUUCGUGCAGAGCGAACGGCUCGCACUUCACGACAUUUAGCAGGUUUUUUUUUUUCCUUUUUGCCGCGAAUGUUUUGACGUCAUUUUGGCGCCAAACUGUGCGAAGACUUUAAAUCCUCUAAGAAGCACAUUUACCCCCCAGAAAACGGUGAAGAAAUUAACUUAUUGCCAAAAGGUUUUUAGUGGUUACCCCCGCCCCACCCCUACAUAUUCCAGCAGUGUUGCCCCCCCCCCCUCCCUCAUCGUUUACACUCCACCCGUCGUGUUCGACCCCCGUUUACCUUGUUGACCUCCACCCGGAGAGAACUCGCCCGACCUGCAUCCCGCGCAGCUGUUUACACGUGAAUGUUUUAGGAAUUUUAGGGCUCCUCGCGAUCGAUCGAUCCGUCGCCGUCUGCAAGGCCUCGACUGAUUGUACCAGAACAGAUUCCCACCCCGGAUCUAUUCUGCUCAACCCCGACACGGUCUCCACAAAGCCAAACUGAAAAAUGAAGGAAGAAGCUCAAAAAAACUACAACUUCCAAUCAAAAAUGUGAAAGAGAAAAAAAAAGAAUAUAUGGGUUGUUUACGGCCCUGUGCUGCUUUGUACAAUUUAAUUUGUAUUUUUUUUUUUGUUUCUCUGUAUGUUGCAUUGUACAGGCUGUUACAUAACAAAUCAUAUCUUCCUGAUUUAUAAAAAAGAAAAAUAAACUGACAGACAGUAUGCACAG